AUACCUGAGAGUCUUAACAUGGAAGGCUCAGAGACGGAUGUCUUCAGGACCUUCCAUGUCUUUUUUUUUUUGUCUUCUUUUUUUUUUCUUGGCAAUACCCCUGUGUUCCUUCCAUCGCUUGCAACCCUCAGGUGUGUGUGCUUGAGAUGGAAGUAACGGUGAAGCAUUAGUUGCCCCGAUUUCAGUGUUGACCUCGGUGAGGCCUGCCAGUUACCAGCCGCGUAUCUCACAACCUGCACGUGACAACCUGAUUGGUCAGAGUUGAGACGCCCUUCCCCACAAUGUAACUAAGCCGCACCAGGGAUUAAUGCGCGUCACCAACACAAGCAGCCAACGCGGUGCCUCAAUUGAGGUCUAAAGAAUAACGAACAUCAAAUACGCGCACAGCAUACCCAAUUAUCCUGGCUGCAACCGAUUAGGAGAGCACAUCUAAGGAUCAUGGCGCCCAGAACUCCGGCCGCAAAGGUGCUGGAGGCUGAACUUGCCAGCACUGUUCGCGAUAUCUACCACAGCGAUGCGCGCGACCAGCUAUCCGUGAAUCUGGUGAGGCAACGCGUCGAAACCAAAUUGGGGCUCGAAAAAGACUUCUUCAAGGACGGCAAUUGGAAGGCCAAGAGCAAGCAGCUCAUCAAAGAUACAGUGGAUAAGCUAGAAAGCGAACCCCCCCCGUCGUCCCAGGUGUCCGCUCCACCAGCAUCAGAAAUAAAGUCGGGGAGUGGAGCGAAGCGUGCAUCUCCCGAGGAGGUAACGAAACCUGCGACGAAGCGCCAGAGGACCGAGUCCGCCGUCGCCAAGUCUUCCGAGUCCGAACUCAGCGAACUCAGCGAUGCCAGCGAGGUGUCUAAGAGGCCCGCAAAGAAGCAGCUUGUAGCACGAGCCAAAGUUUCGCGGAGGGUCGUGGAAUCCGAUUCGGACGAGGACGAGGAAGGAGAUACUUCGGACGAGGCAAGCGAGGUGGAGGAGAAGCCGAAGAAGGCCAAACCGGCGCCUAAAAGUCCAGCUCCCAAGAAGGUAUCAAAGAAGAAGGACGUUGUGCCGUCAGACUCCGAGUCGCCGCUGAGCGAACUAGAUGAGGAGGACCAAAAGCCCGACAAGGCGCCCGUCGGGGGAGACGACAGUAGCGAGUCAGAGGUUCUCGAUGAGUCCCCAAAGCGCAAGCGGAAAUCGAAAGAGGCCUCGGCGGGGAAGGAACGGGCCAAACCAAGGCGGAGCAGCGGUGCCAAGCCGGCACCCGAGCUGUCGGCGGACGAAGCGGAGAUUAAGAAACUCCAAGGCCAGCUCGUCAAGUGUGGGGUCCGCAAGAUCUGGGCAUUCGAGCUCAAGAAGUAUGGAGACGAUAGCCGCGCCAAGAUCCGCCACCUGAGGGGAAUGCUCAAGGACGUCGGUAUGGACGGGCGCUUCUCCGAGGCAAGAGCGCGUGAGAUCAAGGAGAGGAGAGAGCUCCUCGCCGAUCUCGAAGCGGUGAAUGAGAUGAACGAGAACUGGGGUGCUGGAGGUGGUCGGGCAUCGAGGAGUCGAGCCGCCAAGCCGGCGAGGCUGCCAAAAUACGACGAGGAUGAGGGCGAGGGCGCUGGUAAUGACGAACAAGACGAUGAUGAUGAUGAGAAUAGUGCGGUAAAGGCGCGGGCACGGGGCUCAGCAAAGUACCGAGCCGAUAUGGCAUUUCUGGGUGAUGAGAGUGAGUCGGACUGAGGUCCGUGUUUUGAGCUUGUAUUGUUGGCCACGGCCUGUGCGAUGCGUGAUGCGCGAUGUACGAUGUAUUUGUACGAUCAUCACUGGCCGUAACGGGCACUUGAAG